CUCUCUUAAAACCCUCUGUUUCUCUUGCAAUAAAGCCUCAUCCAGGUCCUUCUAGUUCACAUUCACCGGCGAGCUCCACCUAACUGUGAAUCCCAACCUUAUCCAACCCUAGUACCUCUCUUCUGUUCCUCCAAGGCAAUGGCAUCCACUUUCAAUACAAUGUCUACUUUCGGCUCUUUUGCUGCCAGUAGCCUUACAGCAGACAAGAAAUUCCUAUCGUCUUCUGAGAAAUUAUCCCAAUUCUCUUCUCUAGCUUCAAUUUCAUCCCAGCCUCUGAGUGGCAGAAGGAAGAAGAUGAAUCUGCAGAAGGGAUGUAAAACUGGCAUCCGUGCUAUGGCUAAGGAGUUAUAUUUCAACAAGGAUGGGUCAGCUACUAAGAAAUUACAAACUGGUGUGAAUAAGCUGGCGGAUCUUGUUGGAGUUACUCUUGGACCAAAGGGAAGGAAUGUGGUUCUGGAGAGCAAGUAUGGAUCUCCUAAGAUAGUGAAUGAUGGUGUUACUGUGGCGAAAGAGGUUGAGUUGGAAGACCCCGUUGAAAACAUUGGCGCUAAGCUGGUCAGACAAGCUGCUUCUAAAACUAAUGACCUUGCUGGUGAUGGUACCACAACUUCUGUAGUUUUAGCACAGGGUUUAAUUGCUGAAGGUGUUAAGGUUGUUGCAGCAGGUGCGAAUCCUGUUCAAAUCACUAGAGGCAUAGAAAAAACUUCAAAAGCUCUAGUAUCUGAACUCAAGUUCAUCUCUAAAGAGAUUGAAGACAGUGAACUUGCUGACGUUGCUGCAGUGAGUGCUGGAAACGACUAUGAAAUUGGAAACAUGAUAGCUGAGGCUAUGAGCAAGGUGGGAAGGAAAGGUGUAGUGACACUAGAAGAGGGAAAAAGUGCAGAGAAUAGCCUCUACGUUGUCGAAGGAAUGCAAUUUGAUCGUGGCUAUAUUUCUCCUUAUUUCGUAACUGACAGUGAAAAGAUGUCUGUUGAAUAUGAAAAUUGCAAGCUGCUUCUUGUUGAUAAGAAAAUCACAAAUGCAAGAGAUUUGAUUAAUGUUCUGGAGGAUGCAAUUAGAGGGGGAUAUCCUAUCAUUAUCGUUGCGGAAGAUAUUGAACAGGAAGCUUUGGCAACUCUUGUUGUAAAUAAGCUAAGAGGUGCUUUGAAGAUCGCUGCUCUAAAAGCUCCUGGAUUUGGAGAGCGGAAAAGUCAAUACCUUGAUGAUAUUGCAAUCCUUACUGGAGCAACUGUUAUCAGAGAUGAGGUUGGCCUUACACUGGAUAAAGUUGACAAAGAGGUGUUGGGUUCUGCUGCUAAAGUUGUGUUAACCAAAGAUUCAACAACCAUAGUUGGUGAUGGAAGUACACAGGAAGCAGUUAAUAAGCGAGUAGCACAAAUUAGAAACUUGAUUGAGGUAGCAGAGCAGGAUUAUGAAAAAGAAAAACUCAAUGAGAGGAUUGCAAAGCUCUCUGGUGGGGUUGCGGUCAUUCAGGUUGGAGCACAAACAGAGACGGAGCUCAAAGAGAAGAAGUUGAGAGUGGAAGAUGCCCUGAAUGCGACAAAGGCUGCAGUUGAGGAAGGUAUUGUCGUUGGUGGUGGCUGUACCCUCCUGAGGCUAGCUUCUAAGGUUGAUGCCAUUAAGGAAACCCUUGAAAAUGAAGAGCAGAAGGUUGGAGCAGAUAUUGUCAGGAGAGCCCUGAGCUAUCCUCUAAAAUUGAUUGCUAAAAAUGCUGGUGUGAAUGGAAGUGUUGUGAUUGAGAAGGUGCUUGCCAGUGACAAUCCCAAGUAUGGUUACAAUGCUGCAACAGGAAAUUAUGAGGAUUUAAUGGCUGCAGGAAUUAUUGAUCCCACUAAGGUGGUGAGAUGCUGCUUGGAACAUGCUUCAUCCGUGGCCAAGACAUUCCUAACUUCUGACGUUGUGGUGGUCGACAUCAAGGAGCCCGAGCCAGCUCCAGUUGGGAACCCAAUGGACAAUUCAGGUUAUGGCUACUAAAUGAGUAAUAAAUGGAGAUCUAGAGUUGGAAUGAUGAUCAGAAUCAUAUUUUAUUCGUCAUGUUGGUUUUGAUCUUAGAUUUUGCCUAUUUAGAUUCAGGCUUAAUGAUAAAUAUUUGAGGAGAUUGUCUGGUUUCUUAGCUUUUAGUGCUAUGGUGCUUAAAAUUUUUAUUGUAUCAGUAAGUUUGAGUUCGUAGAAGAAGAAAUUCUGAACGGCUAGUAAUCUGUGAAAGGAAUUUUCCAGGUUUUGAAUUAUCUUCAGUGUUCUCAUCAGAUUUUUAUGAAAUUAUUGCUGGAAGAAAUAUUAAGUGCAGACAAGAUA